AUGGCCAGCGGAAGAAUCAUUGAAACGCGGCUCUUUAUCAAUGGUGAAUUCCGCGCCUCCUCCGACGGCGCUACGUUUGACCUGCCCUCCGCUGCGUCCGGUGAACUCCUCGCUCAAGGUUCGUCCUCUUUCCUGGAGCAAACACACCUCCAUCUCAAAUCUCGUCAGCCCGAGCGCCUUCCUGAUCCGCCCAGCACAACAGUAUAUGAGGCCACAGCCCAAGACGUCGACGAUGCCGUCACCGCUGCCAAGGCGGCCUACCCCGCAUGGGCGGCGCUGUCGCCGCACGACAGGGGACGGCAUCUCGCGAAGCUGGCCGACCUCAUCCAGGAGUCGCACGCCGAGCUGGCCCGGCUCGAGGCCGAGUCCAUGGGCCGUCCCGUGUCCAGCUACUUCGACGCCGUCGUGGGCUCCAAGUACUUUCGCUACUUCUCCGAGGCGGCGUAUCCGCAGGGCAGCUCCAGCCUCAACACCCCGGGCUUCGUCAACGUGACGCUGAAGCAGCCGGUCGGCGUGGUCGCCGUCAUUAUCCCCUGGAACGUGCCCCUGGUUCUCCUCGCCAAGAAACUGGCCCCGGCCCUCGCCGCCGGCAACGCCGUCGUUCUCAAGAGCAGCGAAAAGGCACCGUUGACGAGCCUGUACGUCGCAGACCUCAUCAGCAAGGCUGGAUUCCCCCCCGGGGUGGUCAACGUGCUCUCCGGCCACGGCCCGAAUGUCGGUGCCCCACUGGCAUCGCACAUGGACGUCCGGGCCAUCUCCUUUACCGGCUCCAACAGGACGGGCCGGCUGAUCGCCAAGAUGGCCGCCGAGUCCAACCUGAAGAACGUCAUCCUCGAGCUGGGCGGCAAGUCGCCCGCCAUCAUCUUCGGCGACGCCGACAUCGACGCGGCCGUCCGCGAUACUCGCUUCAGCAUUCACCUCCUCAGUGGGCAGACGUGCAUCGCCAACUCGCGCAUCUACGUGCAUCGCGGCGUCGCCCAGGCCUUCCUGGACAAGUUCAGGGUCGCCUUCGCGGCCUCCCGCAUGGGCGACCCGACCCUCCCCGAGACCACCCACGGGCCGCAGGCCGACGCGAUCCAGCACGCCACGGUGCUGCGCUACAUCGAGAUGGGCAAGGAGGCGGGCGGCACGUUGGUCACGGCGGACGCCGACGCCGCCGACGCUCCGGGGUUCUUCGUCAACCCGACAAUCUUCGUGGACGUGCCGGAGGACGCGCGGAUGAUGAAGGAGGAGAUUUUCGGGCCGGUGGUGGCGAUCAACACGUUCGACACGGAGGAGGAGGCGGUGGUCAAGGCGAAUGACAGCGAGUACGGCCUGUACGCGGCUGUGUACACCAAGGACCUGGACCGCGCGAUGAGGGUGGCGGCAAGGCUGGAGGCUGGCACGGUGGGCGUCAACUGCACGAGCCCGACGAAGGGGGACGACGUGCCGUUUGGAGGCUACAAAGGCAGCGGCUUGCAGCGGGAGAGCUACAUCCACAGCAUGGAGACGUUCAUGGAGACCAAGUCGGUCCUGAUCAAGGUGGCAGGCCUAUGA